AUGCUUGACAAAAAGGUGAUACCGAAAAGAGUCAAGACAAUCGUGUUCUGUGAUGACUAUUCUCGAUUGUUCAAGCCUCGCAUGUUCAGGAAGAGAGUCAGAUCGAUACGAUUCACUGGUGGGUACAGUCAAGAGAUCAAACCAAAUGUCCUUCCACAAAGACUUCAUACACUCACUGGUCUGAACUUAUUGUCAUCUAUCCUCCCUGGAUCUCUCCCAGCCUCACUCACCCGCUUGGGAUUUGGAGGCUAUCCUAUGUCGUUUACACAUGGAUCGUUACCAGACGGGCUUCUGGAGCUUGCCAACCUUCUCCCUCUUGACCCAUUGGUGCCAGGACUACUCCCAUCAACGUUACAAACAUUGUCCUUUGCGGCAGAGUUCGAUCAAGAGAUUACGCCUGGACUUCUUCCCCCCUCUCUCAGAUCAUUGUAUCUGGGCAUGAAGUUCAACCAACGUAUCCUUGUCGAUGUGCUCCCAUCGUCCAUCACCUCACUCACAUUUGGUUCACAAUUCAACAAACCAAUAGCUCAACUUCCUCCUCAUCUUUUAGCAUUGAUAUUCAUUCGAGGUGAAUACAAUCUCCCUCUUCCCACCCUGCCAGUGUCGUUGACUGUACUUAACCUUGGUUACAAGUUCAAUCAACCAAUUCAAUUGCCAGUUGGCCUCAAGUCUCUCACAGUGAAUCUGGUCCCCAACAACAGCCUUGUAGCCCUACUUCCCACAACAUUACGAUCACUCAGAGCAUUGACCUUUAGUCAGUCCUUUAAUACACCAAUCACCAUUGAUGCACUGCCUGACAGCUUGACCUCUCUCGAGUUUGGCUACUCAUUCGACCAUGAGAUUAUUCCCAACUCACUGCCCAAUUCCAUCACUGACCUCAAGUUUGGUGCUUCAUUCCACCAAGAAGUGUUCCAAAGUGGAGCACUGCCAACGUCACUUCUGUACUUAACACUUAGGAGAAAUGAUAUCAGACAUGAUAUGAGGCUGCCAUCAUCAAUCACAUCAUUGAGUAUCUACAGGUUCAUUUGGAAGGAGUGCUACCCAAAGAAUCUGCAACACUUGACCAUCUUAUCAGAUAGCGAGUCAAUUACAAAGAGGUCCUACCUCAACCUCAACACAUUGACAAUGGAGCUCCAGAAGAAGAAGCUCAAGAUUACACUCAAGUUGUAUAAUAGUCUGUACUUCAAGAUACCAAAUGUUGCCAACUAUUACUUCAACUUCAAUUCUCAACCAUUCUCAACGAUCAGUCGUAUUGGAGGCAGUUGGAUAUUGAUUACAACAAUCAGAGAUGGCGUCACUGUUGUACAAUUUUAUGACUACACAUGGAAGCCAAGGCCAAAGUCGAGAGGAUGGUAUUAG